AUGCCUGCUCUCUGCGGAGGUUCCAAGACGGUUCAGCGCAAGCUGGUCCUGCUGGGCGACGGUGCUUGCGGAAAGACGUCGUUGCUAAAUGUCUUUACGAGAGGCUACUUCCCGACCGUCUACGAACCCACCGUCUUUGAGAACUACGUUCACGACAUCUUCGUCGACAGCGUCCACAUCGAGCUGUCUCUCUGGGACACGGCCGGCCAGGAAGAGUUCGACCGGUUAAGAUCCCUCUCAUACGAUGACACCGACCUCAUCAUGCUCUGCUACUCGGUCGACAGCAAGGACUCGUUGGAAAACGUCGAGUCCAAGUGGGUGGGCGAAAUUACCGACAACUGCCCGGGCGUCAAGCUCGUCCUAGUCGCCCUCAAGUGCGAUCUUCGCGAACAAGGCGAGGGCGAGGAGGACGACGCCGAGGCCGGCGACCAGCAGCGCGAGAAACGGCCCACCAUCACCUACGACCAGGGCCUCGAGGUCGCCCGGCGCAUAGGCGCGCUGCGGUACCUCGAGUGCUCCGCCAUGAAGAACCGCGGCGUCAACGAGGCCUUCACCGAGGCCGCGCGAGUCGCCCUGAGCGUCCGGAAGGACCGCGAGGAUAGCAAAUGCACCGUCAUGUAA